CUAUCCUUCCACUUAAUUUGCUUCAUGUAAUAGUUAAGUGACUGUAAAUAAUGUUCUGCUGUCAUAUAGUGGUCGCUAGCUAUAUAAGAAACAGGACAAUCAUGAGUAGAGGUGGGAGCUAUGGUGGUGGGCAAAGUUCCCUCGGCUACCUGUUUGGAGCUGAUGAGCAGCCAAGUGCACCGCCAGUCACACAGACAAUUCAGCCUCCAUAUGGUAUAGAUACCUUCGAGGACGCUCCGGAUGCUCGCCGGCGCCCCAAAGAGACACCAAAGAAUGUCAUCAACAGCCCUCCAGAGACACAACAGAAUGUCACAAACAACUAUCAUAGAGCUCAAGGACAGAAUUCGGGGAACUUCAUUACUGAUCGUCCAUCCACCAAAGUUAAAUCCGCUCCUGGUGGAGAUUCCUCUCUGGGGUACCUGUUUGGAGAUAAGUGAUAUCUCAAGCUUCCUUCUCCUAAGUUUUACCUUUAAUACAUGAGGGUUUGAGCAUAUUUAUGUAGCGGAUUGGUGUGUUUGGUUUGGUCCUUAAUUAAGAAACAUGUUUAGAUUAAGGGAUGAUCAGCUCCUAAGAGUGUUGAAUUUGCAAUUUGUUCUCCCAGAAUAAGAUUGGUGUUUCAUAACAAUGUAAAAGUGGUGUCACUGCGUACUCCCUUGUGAAUUGUGUUUGAUUAUAUGAUAGUGUGUGCAUGUGUGUCUGCAUUCUCAAAUAGAAUUUGAUUCUCUUG